CGCUGGCCCCUCGGGUAGAAUUUAAAGGGGGCGCAGCAUUCCCGCCCGGCCCAGGUGACCUCUCGGGGGUCUCCCUGCCAGAGGUGCCCCGCCGCCAAGGAACAUGGCGAAGGUGGAGCAGGUCCUGAGUCUCGAGCCGCAGCACGAGCUCAAGUUCCGAGGUCCCUUCACCGAUGUCGUCACCACCAACUUAAAGCUUGGCAACCCAACAGACCGAAAUGUGUGUUUUAAAGUGAAGACCACUGCACCUCGUAGGUACUGCGUGAGGCCCAACAGCGGGAUCAUUGAUGCAGGGGCCUCAGUCAAUGUAUCUGUGAUGUUACAGCCUUUCGAUUAUGAUCCCAAUGAGAAAAGUAAACACAAGUUUAUGGUUCAGUCUAUGUUUGCUCCAACUGACACUUCUGAUAUGGAAGCAGUAUGGAAGGAGGCAAAACCAGAAGACCUUAUGGAUUCAAAACUUAGAUGUGUGUUUGAAUUGCCAGCAGAAAAUGAUAAACCACAUGAUGUAGAAAUAAAUAAGAUUAUAUCCACAACUGCAUCCAAGACAGAAGCACCGUCGGUGUCUAAAUCUCUGACUACUUCUUUGGACGACUCUGAAGUUAAGAAGGUGCUGGAAGAGUGCAAGAGGCUGCAAGGGGAGGUCCAGAGGCUGCGGGAGGAGAACAAGCAGUUCAAGGAAGAAGAUGGGCUCCGGAUGAGGAAGACAGUGCCGAGCAACAGCCCCAUCGCAGCGCUGGCUGCCACUGGGAAGGAGGAGGGCCUCAGCACCCGGCUGCUGGCUCUGGUGGUCUUGUUCUUCAUCGUCGGUGUCAUUGUAGGCAAGAUUGCCUUGUAGGGCAGCAUGUGAAGGAUGGGAGUCAGAUCGAGGCAUCCACCAUACCAUGGAAUUUAAAUUUAUCAUAACUAUGUGUAAAAAGAAUUAACGUCUGAUGACAUCUCACAGGUCUUGCCUUUCAAUUACCCCUCCCCGCGCGCACAUACACACACAGAUGCACAUGAUAUAACAUAAUAUAACAAUCUUUUAGAGAGUUAAAACAUAAAGCAAAUGAUUGGGGGAGAAUGAUCUCUGUUGGUGAUGAGGGAAGCCGCAGUUGGCACCUCCAUGGCGGGGUGUGACUGUCCUUUUGAACCCUGGUUGGCCUUGACACUCUUCCUCACCUUUUGGUGCUGGCUAGCAGGAGCUGGAGCCCAGUGCAGUGGGCUGUACAGUCCCCUGCAGGGCAGCCCCCACGCUGCUCACUCCUGCCCCAGGCUGCUUUUCCAUGUCCUCAGAUCUGUCCAAGCCACCGGUUCCUUGGGACGGUCCAACAUGGCAAAAGCUGGAAGCACGGUGCCAUGGCAGCCUGAGGUGUGCCCACCACGGGCAGUAGGCACGCAUGGCCUCCUGUCCCUUGGGGAUGUCAUGGCUUUGUUCUCUUAGUGGGACCAAGCUAAGUUACUGUUGGUUCACGUAGUGAAACUGGACUGUUAUUCAGAGAUGUUUAAUGCAUAUUUAACUUAUUUAAUGUAUUUCAUCUCAUGUGUUAUUGUCACAAGAGAGCAGUUAAUGCUGUGGCCUAAAAAUCACCUGUGCUUAUAUAAUGCCAGUGGGUGGGGCUGGCACUGCUGCUGGGGCCAUGGCUCCUCUGUCUCUGGAGGUUCUGGGUGUGGGGAGGGGUGAUGGAAUGUUGGAGAACAGCUGCCAGGAGGUAUUUUCUGUGUCAGUCAGUAAAAAAUGUCAUAGGAGGAAAUUUAUAGGGACAGUCAACUCCGGGUCACCUGUAUCAAUGGAGAAGAGUGGCCAGUCUUCUAGAUUGCUCUUCUGCCCCCUCAGUCACCCUCAGACUUCCAGCACACAGGCCCACAUAUGGGCCUGACCUCCUGUGGGCCCCCCCAGGGAGUCAGGAUGAAGAGGUGGACUGCGCCUGCAGAGGGAGAGAGCUCUGGGAGGCGGUCUAGGCGGGUUCCUCCGCCAAUCUGAGUGGAAAUGCAGGUUUGACUGUGAAUUAAUUUUGUGCCGUAAAAGACCAAUCCAAUUCUGUUUGACUAUGUAGCAUCUUAAAGAAAAAAAAACUAAAAUAAAGCCCCCAAAUUAAGAGUU